UUGUCUCAGGUGUGUCAGCAUUCUCUGUGCUCGCGACGACACAGGAAGAGCCACUGACGUUUAACGACCGUAAAUAUAGUCUUUUUUUAACAUUUACUAAUUUACGGAUUCCUAACUUUGCAACACUUGGGAAAAGGACCAACUUAUCGAAGCACAAACGGGGAGUUGUGUUGGAUCUUUUUUUUUUGGAGGAUGUAUUCCGCCAGAUAUGAAUACGACGGCCAUAAUGGCCGUCAUGAGCGGAUCGACUUCCUCAGCAGCAAAGAGAAGGCACCAUCAAAGCGGAAGAUGGGCAUCGUGAUAGGGGCUCUUGUGGCGUUUCUCAUCGUUGCUGCUGUUGCAGCGUUCCUCAUUUGGCUGUUUGUCUUUAAAGAUGCUGAUUCAGGAGCCACACUUAGUAAGCAGCUCAAGCCAUCAACACAGGUCUUCAGCGGGCAUAUGAAGUUGGCUGAUGCAUCUUAUAACCAGGAGCUGGAGGAUACCACAAGCAAUGAAUUUAAGGUUUUGUCAGACAACCUGGAGGCAAUUCUUGCGGAAAGCUACAAGAAAGAUCCAUUCCUUGCAAAAUACUACACUACUUCUGUGGUCACUGCAUUCAGUGAGGGUGUGAUAGCCUACUACUGGUCCCAGUUUGAUAUUCCAGUCGAAGACCUGGAGAUUGAGCCGGAGUUCUCAGAGGAGCGGGUGCUGGAGACACUGGAGAAUGGCAUUAAGCAGCAGCGCAUCAUUAAGACAAAUAUCAAGAUCAGGGAAAUCACUUCCUCAUUCACAGAUCCUCGCAUGGCCAGGAACCCCAAAUCCAAUGAAUGUUUCUUCCGUCUGGAGGCUGACGAAAAGGAGCAAAAAUUUGAGUCACCAGGAUACCCCACAGCCUACCCCCCCAGGUCUCGGUGUCAGUGGCAAAUUAGAGCUUCAGUGGAAAAUGUCAUAUCUGUCGCUUUCCCCUUUUUCCAAAUCGAGGAUGACUGCUCGGAUGACUUUGUCUUCAUCUAUGACUCUUUGAGUGCAGAUGAUUCUCAAGCCAUCACAAACAAAUGUGGUCAGAGGCCCCCCUCGAACCCUCUGCAGGUUGUGUCAUCUGGCAACAUCAUGCUGAUUAACUUGAUUACUGACAGUGACACCCAGAAGCCUGGCUUUGCAGCCGUGUAUAAGGCCAUCCCCAACUCUGAAGCUAAAAAGUGUGGCGGCGUCCUCUCUGAAAGCGCAGGAGUCUUCACCUCCCCACUUCACCCCAGCUUCUAUCCCCCUGCCGUGGACUGCGAGUGGACCAUCAAGGUCCCUAAAGGACAGAAGGUGCGGGUGAAGUUCACCAUGUUCCGCAUGAAAGAGCCCAUGGUGGACAUCCGCGUGUGUCACAAAGACUAUGUGGAGGUUAUGGACACCAAGUAUUGUGGAGAACUGUCUUCUUUGGCUCUGACCAGUGACACCAACGUCCUAAACGUGAACUUCCACUCUGAUGAGUCCUACACCGAUAAAGGCUUCAGUGCCGAGUACAUUGCCUAUGAUCCUAAAGACCCUUGCCCCAACGAGUUCCCUUGUGCCUCUGGCAUCUGCAUCGCGAAAGAACUGCAGUGCGAUGGCUGGAACGACUGUGGUGAUAUGAGCGACGAGAGGCAGUGCCACUGUGAGAAGGAUCAGUUUGCUUGUGGGAACGGCUUGUGCAAACCGAGACUUUGGGUGUGUGAUCGCGUCAAUGACUGCGGAGACGGGAGCGACGAGAAACAAUGCAGUUGUGAGCAGAAUGAGUGGCGCUGCGGUAACGGGGUUUGUCUGCCUCAGGAUGUCGUGUGUGACAACAAGAAGGACUGUGAAGAUGGAAGCGACGAGGCCUCUUGUAAAACCUCUCUGGGUAUCUGUUCCGACUUCAGCUUCAAGUGUAAUAACAAAGAAUGUAUCAACAAGGUGAAUGCCGAAUGUGACCGCGUCAACGACUGCUCCGAUAACUCAGACGAGGCCAUCUGUGAUUGUGGCACCAGGCCCUAUAAGCUGAACCGCAUCGUAGGAGGGCAGAACGCUGAGCUGGGGGAGUGGCCCUGGCAGGUCAGCCUUCACUUUCUGACCUAUGGACACGUUUGCGGCGCCUCAAUCAUAUCUGAGAGGUGGCUCCUUUCGGCCUCCCACUGUUUUGUCACCAGCAGCCCACAGAAUUAUAUCGCAUCCAACUGGCAAACCUACAGUGGCAUGCAGGACCAGUACAAGCAGGAUAACGUGCGCCGCCCAGUGAAGAGGAUCAUCUCCCACCCGGAUUACAACCAGAUGACCUUUGACUAUGACAUUGCGCUGCUGGAGCUCAGUGAGCCGCUGGAGUUCACCAACACCAUCCAACCCAUCUGCCUACCCUCUUCCUCCCACGUCUUCCCUGCAGGCAUGUCCUGCUGGGUCACAGGCUGGGGCGCGCUCCGAGAAGGAGGUCAAAAAUCACAAAUAUUGCAGAAGGCAUCGGUGAAAAUCAUCAAUGACUCUGUGUGUAACAUGGUCACAGAAGGCCAACUCACCUCCAGGAUGCUCUGCAGUGGAUUCUUGGCUGGAGGAAUUGACGCAUGCCAGGGAGACUCCGGAGGCCCCCUGGUGUGUUUCGAGGAAAGUGGGAAGUGGUUCCAGGCCGGCAUUGUGAGCUGGGGUGAGGGCUGUGCUCGUCGGAACAAGCCCGGUGUCUACACACGCGUCACCAAGCUAAGAGACUGGAUCAAGGAUGAGACAGGGAUUUGAUGAGGUUGUGAGGAACAGGGAGGGAUACAGAGCGGGGAACAACGUCAACGUGCUAAAAAUAAUGGAGAUGGAACAUUUGAGUCCAAAUCAGGACAAGUCUCUUCAGGAUUUAUUCAUUUAGCAGCAGACUGAGGAUACUGUUGCAUGGACCUAGCUACUCACAUGAAUGACUUAAAGCACUUUAUUUGGCUGACAACCCCCUUUUCCCCCACUCUUCUCACACACACACACACACACACACACACACACACACACACACACACACACACACACACACACACACACACUGAUACCCAAACCACACCAAGUCUUAUUUUGAAUAGUUUUUAAAGGCGUAAAUCAGCACAGUGUCUUUACUUCCAUCAAUAUUGUCACGUUUCACUGGUGAAUAUACCCUGAGUACAAAUAAUGAAAUAUGGAUAUUAUGGUGAUUAUUUUCCCAAUAUCUCACCAAUGCAACUUUUUAAGAUUGAGGCACAAUAUGAACAUUUUAGACAGUUGUCCAAGUGUUUCUAAACAAAAUAUGCCUCUCCAAAAAGUAAUUGUGUUUUUAAGCCUUAGUAUUGUCUAUUUCCUAACAGGGGAGAUGUCUUCAUCCACUUGGGCUGCAUUGAAUAUUGCGCUUUGCCAGUGGGCUCACGCUGUAGCUAACUAUAAAUCUGGGGUUAUAUUUAUCAAAUAUCUUAAAAGACCAUAACAAUAUUUUUUGCAUAUUUGCUACAAAACACCCAUACAUUACUGCAGAUGAUUUUCCAGAGCAAUUUCAAUUGAUUAAAGCAUUUUUAUCUACCUAUCUGCAGCAAUUAGCCUCAGUUUUUAUCAGUAAAGUGUAAACAUAAACCUGUAGAGACAUUUGCAUUACAAUCUGACGGUAACGGAAGACAAAAGAACAAAAACAAGAGAGUGAUUAGAAAAAAAGACUGCCCAAAUCUAUGCAGGGGCAUUUUCAUAUCAUAUUAAAAUGAAUGAAAACCAGAAGCUGCCUGGAAGGUAGAAAAUGCAUUAAUCAAUCUAAAAGCCCAUGGUUUGCUUUGGAAAAUGGCCAGCAGAAAUGUUAAGUAUACCAGAUUUGUAGUCAGUGGGCUAAAACAGGCAAAAAGACUAUCAUGGUCCCUGAAGAAUGUUGAUGUGAAACUGGAGUGAAGUUGUUAUGAUUUGUUUUUGAUCUGGCGGGGGGUCCUACAUAAGUAUUUUUAUUCCAUAUUUACAGAUGCUUACUGGCCUUGCCUGGCCUGAGAAUGAUAUGCCAAACUGUGAUAUUAUGAGCAGAGGAUGAGGAUUAGAUCCAGUUGGCUUUUGCACAGGUCUCCAGUUAAGCUCAGGGUGAUUGGGGUCUUCAGUCACACACACCUUAGAGUCAAAGCAAACCACUGGGGUUUUCACUAGUUGCCAGAGCAAUGCAAUGAGUUCUAAUCCCUAUGAGACUUUUCUUUCUAUUUGGUCACAACCAACUCAAUCAACUUCAAUCUUAAGAUUUAACCAAAUGGUUUCUUUUACUCUAUUUUACUCUAUUUCCCUUGUAUCUCUGAGUUUUGAAAUAUUGUAUCCUGAAUAAGCACACCAAAGAUUUGCAUAAGUAUUAUUUAUUGAAGGGGGGAAAUUUUAAGAAGAAUAAUUUGUUCAGGAUAUUGUUCAGAGGACAUUUUUUAUUAAUUUUAUAGAGGUUUACAGUUAAACUAUGCAAGUAUAAAUGUGUAUUUCUCAGACAGUAGGGAGAAGCAACAAGUUUUAGAUAGACGUUAUCUUUAUUGUACUCUGAUUUGGACUGACUGACUGAUUUGGAUUAUGGACAUACUUUAUAACCUUUCUUUUUUUGUGUGUGUUUGUAUAUGUUUUUAUAUGAGUCAUGAUAAUAAACAUCUUUUAUCUGAUUCCUCAGUA